CAUACACUUCUUUUUCGUACCAAAACGCCGUUUCCGUCCCGAUCAUUAGUAUAUCUAGUCUACUAUUAUAAUAAUAAUUCCUUUCGCAAUGUUGUCCUGAACACCACUGCUCUCGUUUCAUUAUCACUCCUUCACUAUCGCGUUGUGUUCACUCCAAAGUUUUAUACCCGGUCUAUUCACACCGACACCGACACCUCCCCCUUAACCACUCUCACAUUAUUCUCCCAUAUACCGCUUAAUAGAUCCAUCCAACCGCAAAAAUGGGUGGCCUCGGCGAGGUUCUGUAUUACCUAUUCCACCCAAACCAGCUACGGUCCAUCGUACAAUGGAAAGUUUGGCAUGAGCCGGUUCAUAGGCGUGAUCCCGCCAAGGAGGCUCCCACUCUACGAUCAUGUUUUCACUUCCUAAACAUGACUAGCCGCAGCUUUUCCACUGUCAUUCAAGAGCUACAACCUGAAAUGCUGGUCCCCAUCGCUCUGUUUUAUCUCGUGCUGAGGGGAUUGGACACCAUCGAGGAUGACAUGACCAUUCCGCUAAAGACAAAAGAGCCCAUGUUACGCGAGUUCGACAAGUACUUAAAUAUUGAUGGCUGGAACUUCAAUGGGAACGGCCCUAACGAGAAGGAUCGUGAGCUCCUCGUUCACUUCGACGAUGUGAUCGCAGAGAUGAGGAAGAUCGACAAGAAGUACUAUGAUAUCAUCGAAGAUAUCACCAUUAAGAUGGGUAAUGGUAUGGCUGACUAUGCCGUGAACGCCGAGUUCCAAGAAGGUGUCAAGUCGCUUGAGCAGUAUGAGGAAUACUGCCAUUAUGUUGCUGGUUUGGUCGGGGAGGGCCUAACUCGCAUCUUCGUACAAGGCAAUACGGCGAACCCCGCUCUACUCGACCGCAUGGAGCUGUCUGAGAGCAUGGGCCAGUUCUUACAAAAGACCAACAUCAUCCGUGAUGUGCACGAGGAUUUCGAAGACAAGCGCAGGUUCUGGCCUAAGGACGUCUGGAGCAAGUAUGUUGACAACUGGGAUGACUUAUUCAACCCAAAGUACCGUACACAGGCUCUCCAGUGCAGUUCUGAGAUGGUUCUCAACGCUUUAAAGCAUGCUGAUGAAUGUCUAUUUUACAUGGCUGGUAUCAAGGAGCAGAGCGUCUUCAACUUUGUCGCAAUUCCGCAGACCAUGGCUAUCGCCACCCUCGAACUCGUCUUUCAGAAUCCCAAGAUCUUCUAUAGUCACAUCAAGAUAACAAAGGGUGACGCUUGCAACCUAAUGAUGCAAUCAACGCAGAAUUUGCGAGUCGUUUGCGAAGUAUUCAAGGGAUAUGCAAGGAGGAUUGCGAAAAAGAACGACCCAAGAGACCCUCACUACCUUGAGAUAAGUGUGGCUUGUGGCAAGAUUGAGCAAUUCAUUGAAACUCUAUUCCCAACGCAAGACGCAAAGAAGCUGCAGGCUGUGCAGGAAGCGGAGGGCGAGGUGCAAGACGCUGCCUCGAAUGAUUUCUGGGAAGCCUUAUUGUUGGUCGGAUCUGUUGUAUUCGUGCUUCUAAUGGUUUCUAGUCUGAUGCUUGGUUUGGCGUGGUAUAUGGGAGCGAGGUUUGACGUGAUUUUCGAUAAAUCAGCCGCAUCUAGUUUAAGAGAUGCGGCCAAGGCGACAGCUACGACAACCACGACACUACUAGCUCACGAGGAGUUAUAACGGGCAUACUAACCCACAUGACGCCGAAAGGUGUAUGAUAACGUAAGUGGCGCUGGCAGGACUUCGGAGGAUCGCCGUUUAUUUAUUAUACCACGUUUAAUGCGGUAAGGCGUGACAGACCAUGCUACGAGAUGAUGAAGCAUCCCCUUUAUAAUCCUUACUAAUAUACAUAUACUAAUAUUGUAACUGAUGCAUGUUUUUCGUUGUACGAUAUGUCCAAUACCCUCAUCCAGGAAUAGCCUAAGAGGCGAGGAGCAAUAAGCACGGAUGUCAAAUUACAGUCCAGUCUUUCUCAAUGACUGCGACUGUGCCGAGAAGUGCUGAUAUUAAAAUUUAUGGCGAGGAGUACCGGGUCCAUUGCGAUUCGUAGGCACACGGCGGGCUUUGAACCUGAUCAAUUCCCAGAUAGGGUUCCCCGUCGUGGAUCAUCAACAUAAUACUACCCAAUACCUUUGACAGAGUUACGACAUGGUUGGAAGUCUUCCCUUGGCAUUAUAUCUUGUUGCGGAGGAGGUCAGCAGAGCAGGGAUUCAAUCACGACUUAGUAGUAACGCAACUAGAACGUGAAUGAUACUAAUCCUUUUACUGGCUAGCCCCGUGUCAUAAUGCAUGAUGACACUGAUGAUCGGGCUAUACUUCAGCGUCUCAAUAUUCAGCUUUAGCAUUUCUCAACUAAUAUAAGAUGUUACUAUUUCCACCUAAA